CCUUACGGUACUUCUGCGCUUGUGAUUGUCGUCAUUAUCGCCCUGCCUUGGUUCUCUAUUCCGACGGUAUCCGUAACAGCUUGCUUGUUUUUCGCACUUGCUGUGUGCCAGGGACUGUGAGAACCACUUUACGUGCGUUGUCUCAUUAGCUCCUCACACCAACUUACUCAAACUCAAAAAGGGUAAAUGAAUUGCCCGUAGUGCCACAUCGCCGAGCGGUGGAGCAGGGAUGGGAACCUAGUUGUGGCUCCGAAGCUGCAGGUCCUGUGCGGCAAAUUUACGGUGACGAAUACCAGGGAAACAGAGCCGGCUCCGAUGAACAACCUGGUGUCGGACCCCAAGCUUCUAGAUAGCGCCGAAUCUCAACAGCCAACAGCCUCAGCCUCCCCAGCGGCUGGGAUGACAGCCUCCCAGAAUGCUGGAAUACAGGCGUGCAGCACCGCACCCAGUUACCUACAGUUCUUCUGGACCAAACCACAGAAGCUGAUGAGACAGGCAGCUAACGAGCGGGCCUUGAGACAGUGCGACCUUGCGGAGUUCGGGAAGGUUGAGGAAGCCAGGAAGCCGCUGGCGAGAGAAUACAGUGCCGGUGGAAAGCCAGCCCACCCUCCGGCCAUCCCAACGGCGCAUGUGACUUUCAUCAUCGACUGUGCCCGUGGGAAGCAGCUCUCCCUGGCAGCACCCCCACUGGUGCCCCAGGCCCCCAGUCCUGGCCAGGGCCCCAUCACCCCAUCAGUGAAGACCUAUAUUGUGUUCUGUGGGGGCAACUGGGCCCUAGCGACUCAGGGCACUCUCCUGGAUGGGCAGAACUUCGCUCAGGCCAAGGACACCCCGAAACCCUGCAGCAGGGCUGAGGCCCCCGCUUCCUGCCCCGCCAGCCCUUCGCGCCCCCAGGGAGCUCCUAAAGCCAAGGAGAACCCCUGGAAGGGUGGGCCCUCGACAUCUUCUUCUUGGGGGGCCAUCAAGGGCUCGCUCAAAGCCCUGUCCUCCUGUAUCUGCGGGCAGGCCAGCUAGGGCACCGCCCCAGGGCCGACCUCCCGUCCCCAGACCGGCAGGGGUCUGGUGUCCGAGCCAAGGGAAGAGCCCUGGGCCCGCUAAAGGGCACCGGAACAGCGCCCUCUGCUAGGCUCCCGGCAGAGCCAGGGUCGGGGCAGCCCUUGCAGCCUUCUCGGGGCGCAUGUGCUUGGGGUGAGAAAUGAAAUAACCAAAUAAAGGCAACUUGGAACA